AUUUUUCUUAUUUCUCCUCCUCGCCUUUUUGCUUAAACGACAUCAAAAAAAUCGAUCCUUGUUUUAAUCGUUAACUAAUCAUCGAUUAGGGACCACUUUGGACGUUUUUUCCUUCUAAUUUCAUUGAGCAUCAAUUCGGCAAAACUUUGGAGGUGUAUUCCUUUUAAUUUUAUCGAGUAUCGAUUAGGGAACACUGGACGAUCUUCCUUCACAUUGAACUAAUUAUCGAUCAGCGUAAACUGUGGACGUUCCUACCUUCACGUAUAAAUUGAGUAUCGAUCAGGGGGCCACUUUUGACGUUUCUUCCUUCGAAUUAAAAUCCCAGUCGGAGUUGACGAUGAAUCCUCAGGCGACGGGGGCCAGCGAAGAGGGAACCAUGUUCCUCUUCACGUCCGAGUCGGUGGGCGAGGGACACCCAGACAAGAUGUGCGAUCAGAUCAGCGACGCCGUCUUAGACGCUCACCUCGCUCAAGAUCCCAACGCCAAAGUGGCGUGCGAGUGCGUGGCUAAAACGGGCAUGAUCCUGCUGUGUGGGGAGAUCACCUCGACCGCCAUCAUCGACUACCAGAAGGUGGUGAGAGACACCAUCAAGCACAUUGGCUACGACGACUCUGCCAAAGGUUUUGACUACAAGACGUGCAACAUUCUCGUGGCUUUGGAGCAGCAGUCCCCAGACAUCGCGCAGGGAGUUCACCACCAGCGCCAGGAGGAGGACAUCGGGGCAGGAGAUCAGGGGUUGAUGUUUGGCUACGCCACGGACGAGACAGAGGAGUGCAUGCCUCUGACCAUGACACUCGCUCACAAACUCAACUCCAGGAUGGCCGAGCUGAGGAGGAACGGGACUCUGCCCUGGCUGAGGCCAGACUCCAAGACGCAGGUAACGGUUCAGUACCGUCGAGACGGCGGCCGCGUGGUCCCCGUACGAGUCCACACGGUGGUGCUGUCCGUGCAGCACGGGGAGGAGGAGUCGCUGCCCUCAAUGCGCGUGGAGCUGCUGAGACUCGUCGUGAGGGUCGUGGUGCCGGCACAGCUGCUGGACGCGCGCACCGUGUACCACAUACAACCCAGCGGGAGGUUCGUCAUCGGUGGACCGCAGGGAGACGCGGGCCUCACGGGUAGGAAGAUCAUCGUGGAUACCUACGGUGGUUGGGGUGCGCACGGUGGCGGGGCUUUCUCGGGCAAGGACUUCUCCAAAGUGGACCGGUCCGGAGCAUACGCAGCUCGCUGGGUCGCCAAGUCCCUCGUGAAGGCGGGGCUGUGCCAGAGAGUCCUGGUACAGGUGGCGUACGCUAUAGGGAUCAGUCACCCUCUGUCUGUCUCCAUCUUCCACUUCGGGACCUCUCAGCGCUCCGAGGCCGAGCUGCUGAAGAUCGUGAAUGCGAACUUUGACUUGAGACCCGGAGUCAUCGUGAGGGAAUUGGACCUCAAGAGACCGAUUUACCAGCGGACUGCAGCCUAUGGACACUUUGGCCGGGAAGAAUUCACUUGGGAGAAACCGAAGAAGCUGAUUUUCUAGGCUCACCACACAGAGACCCAUAGACUCACAACACAGAGACCACCCAUAGACUCACAACAACGAGACCCAUAGUCUCACCACACAGAGACCAUCCAUAAACUCAACACACAGAGACCACAUAGACCCAUAGACUCACCACACAAAGACCC